AUGCCGAGCAUUCGAAGGCGUGGAGGAAUUGUUUCUGCAGUGACACGUGUUGAGAAUUACCUCAACGAUUUUAACCAUGAGGAACUCAGCAUUGGGGGAAACAAAAUACUCAAAGACCAGCUGAAAUUGGUUAAGGCAAUGAAGGAAAAGUAUGCCGAGGUACACCAAGAUAUCAUUUCUGAGAUUCACGAUGGAGAAAGGGUUCUCGUGGAAAAUACCCAGCAACAAGCAUUUAACGUAAGGUGUGACCAGCUAAUCGCCACCUUAGAGGAUCUUUUAGACAAUAUUCCAGAAGAUUCUGAGGCAGAAGACGAUUCUGAGGAAGAGGAAGAUUCUGAGGAAGCUUCUGUGGAUACCAAGGAUUUUGUCACCGUGAUGAGAGAAAUGAUGAAGCAAGCUGAUAAACGUCACAGUAAAGAAAUGAAACAACAUCGCCUCCAAAUGGAACAAUUAAUUUCCUCAUUCUCUUCAAACUCAUCUGCCAAUGUUACUAAACUACCACAUAUCUCAUUACCCAAGUUUGAUGGCCGUUUUUCGGAAUGGAUUUCCUUCAAAAAUCGCUUCCAAUCGAGCGUCACCAGGCAUCCAAAUAUAUCACCAGUACAAAAACUUGACUAUUUGAUGUCAGCUCUGUCAGGUGAUGCAGAAGCACUCGUUAAGAAUUUGCCCCUUACGGGACCCAAUUUUGAAGUAGCUUGGGAACUCCUAACCUCAAAAUUCGAACGCAAAAAUGAGAUAGUGGGAGAUCAUGUCCGUGCUUUUUACAAUCUCUCACGCAUUACGUCAUUCAAUUCUCAAUCCAUCAAUCGGCUUUACAAUACAGUCUCUGGAUCAGUGAUGGCGGUCGAUGCCAUGAAAAUAAGUCAAAGAGACCCAUGGUUAAUCCAUUACGUGGUAGAUAGACUGGAUUCUGAGUCAAAGAUGUUAUGGGGUCGUGAAUGUGGAGAUGAGAUUCCAACCAUGAAGAAAUUCCUGGAUUUCUUACAACAAAGAUGCAAAGACGCAAGCAAUAUCUCCAAUUCCACUCCAAACACGAAACCUUCCAAUUCCACUUCCACUAAACCACAACCGGCAAAAAGGCAGAUAGCCACUCUCCAGUCUUCUGGAUCCAACACUUGUAAAUGUUGUCAGGACGGCAGUCACCCAAUGUACCAAUGUGAGAAGUUUCUUGCACAAACGCCUCAAGAAAGAUUUGAUACCGUUAAACGUUUAAGCCUGUGCAGGAACUGUUUCGCUUCACAUAUGACGCACACUUGCACAUUUCACAAGUGCCGAAAAUGCCAACGCCGGCACAACAUUCUGUUGCACGAAAGAUUUGAAAAUUCUGCACCCUCUGAUCCACCACCAAAAGAUGCUCCAGCCUCGGACUCGUCCAAGGACAAUCCUCCAGCACCAUCGAAAGCCAAAGAUUCCCCAGCAAAUAUUUUUGCUUCAUCUCUAUCAUUCAGCAGUGGUCCCCUUUCAACUCCACCUCGAGUUUAUUUAGCCACAGCUAUGGUAGACGUCUUUACAAGGAAUCGGGAGAAGAUAUCGUGUCGAAUUCUACUCGAUGGCGGGGCACAAGUGUGUGUGAUGACUACUAACUUAUAUCAGAGACUUAAACUGCCCAAAUCACCAUCGGACGUCUCAAUCCUUGGGGUAGGACACCUGCCGUCUCAAGUGAAGUACAAGGUCACAGCAACCAUUACCUCCCGUCUUACGGAUGAUACCUUUACUUUCCCAUGCUACGUGCUCCCCAAGAUAGCUGGUGAUAUACCAAAUUGGCCCACCGAUUUACGUGAGAUCCAAAUACCUCCCAAUAUCCAGUUGGCGGACCCAGCCUGGGCCCAGUCGCAACCUGUGGAUCUCCUUGUUGGUGGAGACCCUUAUUGGUCAAGCUUUCUCAACCACUCAAUAUCAUUGGGCCAAGGGAAGCCUCAUCUUCGCGAAACUGUCUUCGGGUAUGUCGUCGUGGGUGAACAUCAUAGCCAGCCCUCUCCUGUCUCAAAUGUUUUCCAUGUCUCCGCGGAAAGUUCACUUGAUGAUGCUCUUAAGCGAUUCUGGGAAGUGGAGAACAUUCCCGAAGAGAUGUCACCUACAGAUGAACACAAGAUGGCCGAAGAUCAUUUUGUCCGCACACAUAAACGGACUCCUGAUGGGCGAUUUCAGGUUCAAUUGCCAUUCAAACAAAGUCCUGACAAUUUGGGAUCCUCACGAACACAAGCAGUUCGCCAAUUUCUUUCCACGGAACGCCAAUUCGAGAAGAAACCCGAAAUGAAAGCUCUUUAUACAGAGGUUAUUCAGGAUUAUCUCCGACGCAAUUGGAUUGAACCAGUUCCCAAAGACGAGCUAAAUUUACCGGCAUACUACAUGCCACACCAUGGAAUUCUAAAGGAUUCUCUCACUACCAAAUUGCGAGUAGUCUACAAUGCAAGUGCUGCUACUUCCAGUGGACAUAGUCUCAACGAUCUCUUGUUAGUAGGGCCCCCAGUACAACCGGAACUUAUCUACAUCUUGCUGAAUUUCCGUAAACAUCAGUUCGCAAUGACUGCAGACAUCAGCAAGAUGUAUCUUCAGCUGGUGUUGGAACCAAGCCAUGCGAACUUUCAACGGUUGGUGUGGAGAGACAGUAAAAAUCACCCCAUUCAGGAUUUCAGGAUCACUCGAGUAUGCUUUGGAGUUGCAUGCUCGCCCUUCCUGGCUACUCGAGCACUGAUCGAACUGUCCAACCUGCACGAGGAUACUCAUCCUUUGGCAGCUACAGCCUUGCGAAAAUCCUUUUACGUAGAUGAUGGAAUCAUCUCAUCUCCAAGUCUCGCUGAGGCACAGAAAACACAGAGAGAAUUGAUAGAAAUUCUUCAGAGUGCAGGCUUUGUACUCACAAAAUGGUCGAGUAACCAUCCCGUACUGGUUCCGGAUACAGCUGCCAAUUCACCACCCGACGCAGUAGCAGUCAAUCAAACAUGUGUCAGCGCACUGGGACUAGAUUGGGAUUGUCUCACAGAUACGUUCAGAUUUUCUUCGCCCGUUGAGUUAUCGGAGAAACCAUUGACAAAAAGGGAAGUGGCUUCAUCGGUAGCGAAACUUUUUGACCCCCUUGGUCUGGUGGGACCCGUUAUAAUGGUGGCCAAACUCAUUCUACAAGACGCACACAAGCUCAAAUCCAAAUGGGACGCUCCGUUGUCUGAGGACAUCGUAGCAAAAUGGAACAAAUUUGUCCUGACCCUUCGUGAAAUUAAUUCACUCGAAAUUCCCAGAUGGAUUUCUUCCAUACCAUACCCUGUGCGAUUGGAAUUCCAUGCAUUUUGUGAUGCAAGCUUGCGAGCUUACGGGACAUCAAUUUACGUCGUAACUUAUGACGAUCUUGGAAACAUUUCCUCCCGUUUGCUAAUUUCAAAAUCGAGGAUUGCUCCAAUAGAUCAAUCUUUGACGAUACCUCGUCUCGAACUAUGUGGAGCGCAGCUUGCAGUUGAAACAACCACCAAGAUAAAGGAUACCUACAACCCAGCCUCUAUCCAUUACUGGACCGACUCAAUGGUAGUCCUAUAUUGGCUCAACAACCCACCAGGACAGUCCAAGGUGAUUGUCUCCAACAGAGUGAAGAAAAUCCUAAAGGAAUCCACAAUGGAACAAUGGAGACAUGUUCCUACAACUCAAAAUCCCGCGGAUCUUAUUUCUCGGGGUACAACACCUCAAACUCUGGCCAUAUCCAAUCUUUGGUGGAACGGACCUGAUUGGCUUGUGGCAUCUCAUUCAUCUUGGCCUCCUCCAUUCGAAACUACAUUAUGCGAUCCUGGGGAGGUUGAGUGUCUAGCGACAGUGGCAGAAGAAACCUUAUUGGAGACUUUCUUGAGCAAGGGUUCAUCUUUGGGAAAAAUCCAGCGCAUCACGGCCUACUGUCUACGAUUUGGGAAAAACUUGCAAUCUUCAAUCUCAAACACCCCUAAGAAGACAGGCCCUCUGACAGCUGUAGAAUUAGAAGGUUCGUUAUCCAGUCUCAUCCGACUCGACCAAGGAGAACACUUUGAUGGUUUUGUCUCCCAUCUUAAAAAUGGAUCUUGUGUGAGCUCAAAGUGGAAAUUCCUUUUGCCUCUUACGCCAUUCCUUGAUGAAAAGAAUCUACUGAGAGUGGGAGGACGAAUCGAGAAGUCUCAGGAAAGUUUUACCACCAAACAUCCUAUUCUUCUGCCGAAGUCUAGGUUGACGAAAAUGAUCAUAGCAAGAGAGCAUGUGAGGCAACUCCAUGCAGCCCCAACCUUACUCCUCGCCUCACUACGGCAGCGUUAUUGGCCAAUCGCGGGACGUCGCAUGACGAAGAAAGUCUACCAUGAAUGCCAUACCUGUGUGCGAGCCAAACCGAAGCCCCUCAAACAACUCAUGGGAAAUCUGCCUGAAGCGCGGGUCACCUUGAUCAAACCAUUUCACUCAAUCGGUAUCGAUUUCGCAGGACCCAUACCAAUGCUUUUCGCAGCGACACGAGGAGUGAGAUCAAGAAAGAUGGGCACUCAAAAAGUGUACAUCGCCAUAUUUGUCUGUAUGGCCACGAAAGCUGCUCAUCUUGAGCUUGUGACCUCAUUAUCAACUGAAGCAUUCAUUGCGUCUUUACGCAGAUUUGCAGCCAGAAGGUCUACGCCGAGGCAUAUUUUCUCUGAUUGCGGCAAGAACUUUGAAGGCGCGGCUAACGAACUUUCGAAACUUCUUGCUCAGGAAACCAGUCAGAAGGAGCUGGUGACAUCUACAUCUGAAGAUGGAAUUCUCUGGCACUUUAAUCCUCCUGCCGCACCCCAUCACGGAGGACUGUGGGAGGCAUGCGUUAGAAGCACAAAAUUCCACCUCACACGCCUCACCAACUCUACUGCUUUCUCGUAUGAAGAAUUGGCAACAAUUCUUUGUCAAGUUGAAAAUGUGCUCAACAGUAGACCAAUCUGUGCCUUGACCGACAAUCCAAACGAGUCAACUUUUCUGACCCCCGGCCAUUUUCUCGUGGGCUCAGCAGGAAAUUCACCUCCGGACCCUGACGUGACACAGAUUCCUGCAAAUCGUCAAUCUUAUUGGCAAGCAUGUCAGGCCAGACUUCAGGAAUUCGCCAAGAAAUGGAGGUUGCAAUACCUCAAUACGCUUCAGCAGCGUCCAAAAUGGAGAAUUUCGGAGAAGAAUCUCAUUCCUGAUGAGGUUGUUCUAUUUCUGGAUGAAUCUAAUCGAGAAGGUGCGAAGUGGGUGUUAGGAAGAAUAGAAGCUGUGCAUCCAGGAACAGACGGACGAGUGCGUGUGGUGACCGUCCGCACAGCAAAGGGAUCAUACCGCCGCCCUAUAACAAAAAUAGCUCGUCUACCAAGGAAGGAUGAUUACUCUGCUCCUGGGGAGCAGCCUGGGGAGGAUGUUUAUGUUGCAUCUGCAACGGUUCAGAGAAAUCAAAAAACGCUGUCACCGCCGCCGUUCAAAAUUUAUGACGGCUCAGAGCGCGAGAAGCCAUGA